UAUUGAAAGUCCACCUCUCUCCCUCUCCCUCUCGCUCUCUCACUCUGCUUCUUUCUCUUUCCUCUCACUCUCUUUCUCGGUUUCCGAUGGCUGCAAAAGGAAAGUAUUCCGGUUCCGAUAACUGAUUUUUCUGCUAUUUCUCUCUCUUUUUGGCACGGCAUGGCUGAGAAAGACCUCGUUUCGCAGACCUUCCGGGCCCUCGUUGAGGGCGCGGACCGCAAGUUCUCCAGGGUCCGGGACGUGCCGGCGUACGGACGCGUGACGAGUCACCACUACUUUCACAAGGUGUUCAAGGCGUAUACACGCCUUUGGAAGUACCAGCAGGAGCACCGGCCGGAACUCCUCAAGGCCGGCCUCAACCGCUGGGAAAUCGGCGAGAUCGCCAGCCGGAUCGGCCAGCUCUACUUCGGACAGUACAUGCGGACCAGCGAGGCCAGGUUCUUGGUCGAGGCAUACGUCUUCUAUGAAGCGAUUCUCAGUAGGAGCUAUUUCGAGGGAUCCAAAGGCCACGGGAAGGAUCUCGCGGUAAGGUUCAAGGAAUUGAGGUUCUACGCCAGGUUUUUGCUUGUCGCCUUGAUUUUGAACCGGACCGAGAUGGUGAAGGCUCUCGUGGACCGGUUCAAGGCUGUCGUUGAUGAUAGCAAAGCUGCUUUUCGGGAAACUAACUUUAAAGAAUGGAGGCAAGUGGUGCAAGAGAUUGUCCGCUUUAUGAAAGUUGAUACAGCCUUUAUGAAUGUCAGACCCUUGCGUUAUUGUGCUAUGUUUGAUUCCCAUCCAGCUUCUGUUCCAUAUGUUGCUCGCUUCCAUGCAAAGAAGGUUCUAAAGUUUAAAGAUGCACUGCUGACAAGCUAUCAUCGGAAUGAGGUCAAAUUUGCAGAACUUACUUUGGACACUUUUAGAAUGCUGCAAUGUUUGGAAUGGGAGCAAAGUGGAUCUUUCUAUCAAAAGCGGCCAGUUGAAUCAAAUGGCAAUGGCACUUCAAUUGAUCAUUCUGGAGCUUCUGGAGUGAUUGAUAUAAAUUUGGCUGUGGACAUGACUGAUCCAACCUUACCUCCAAAUCCAAGGAAAGCUAUUCUCUAUCGUCCAUCUGUAACACACUUGAUAGCAGUUAUGGCUACAAUUUCUGAGGAGCUCCCUCCAGAUAGUGUUAUGCUAGUGUAUCUAUCGGCCUCAGGGAAGGCUGGUCCUAGUAAUUUUGCUCAAGUGGGAAGCUCUGAUGGAUCAUGGAAAUCUUCGAAAAACCAAGUCACUUCUCAGUUAUCGCAAGAGCAUAAUAGCUAUCUGCCAGAAUCAAGUAUUAAUCAUAAGGGAGAGUCAAGUGGCCACUACGAUGGUUAUCUGUGGUUUGGUCCAAGGGGAAAUGGUGGUUCAAAUAAUCUCUACCCCGGUGAUAUAAUUCCUUUUACCCGUAGACCUCUUUUCUUGAUUAUUGAUAGUGACAAUAGCCAUGCAUUCAAGGUUUUACAUGGUGCAGAGAGAGGAGAGACAGCUGCUCUACUUCUUUCACCUUUGAGGCCUGCAUUCAAGAACCCAUCUGAUGUUGAUCUGUCACAAAAUGGAAGUCAGUUUACCUUUUUCUUGACUGCUCCUCUACCAGCAUUUUGCCAAAUGCUUGGCCUCUCCUCUUUUGAUACGGAUACAGAUGUGUACAAUAAUGCGGAGGACAUACUCUCCACUGCCUUCUCUGAGUGGGAAGUAAUACUCUGUACAUCAACUAGCGUGGAUAUAGUUUGGGCACAAGUUUUAAAUGAUCCAUUUAUUAGGCGGCUUAUUCUAAGAUUCAUAUUCUGCCGAGCAGUGCUUUCAUUCUUCUGCCAUUUCGAAGAUAUUGAUCAAGAUGUUCCCGUUUGCCUGCCCCAUCUGCCAAGUUCCGUCGCUCCAAGUUCUGAUGUUGUGCGGUCUUCUGUCCAUCGGCUUGCAAAGCACCUCGGGGUUGCUGACCAUUUUCACUUUGACAACACAUAAUAAUGACAACAAAUGUCAAAGCAAGCUUGUAAAGGUAUAUUGCUGCAGACAUUUGUUUUUUUAUAAGACUUCAGAGGGUUAAUAGUUUCUACAGUUGGCAUGGACUAUUAGGAUAUUUAUACGAGGGGCUUUCGGGGGACUGUAGGAGGAAUAUAAUUGGUUAAGGAGGAGGGGCUUCAGCUGGCAGUCUAGAGAGUAUAUGUGCCGAGUGUGGUUGCUUCUGCAUGUUCUAUUGCCUAUAUGCAACCCCGCUGCUUCAUAUCAGUCUGGAUGCUAAAUUUGUAUGGUGGUUUGGUGUUAUGGUCAGAAAGUCGUUUGAUUAUUUGUAGGUUUUGUUUGAGCAAUGCAAGGUUAAUUGUUGGAGGCUUUCAA